AUGCUUUGUGCAAUAUGCAUGUCCAUCUUCUUCAGGGGCACCUUGAAUGGUCCUCACCAUCUAGACAAACAAAGUAUAGCUACAGCUGCCAAGAACGGCUGCAGGAUGUGCCUGAAUAUUCACUCACCAGCCGACGACUUUAUACCACCAUUGGAAUACGCCAUCAGUUGGAGCAUUGGCACUGAGAUGCACUACUUGAUUUUGAUCCGCCCCGUAACCAUACACAAAGAUAUGACUGAGUCGAAAGAGUGGCAAUUCUAUAUUAAUGCCUCAGCAGACGCCAACGCACCGCCAGGGUACGAAGAAUUUCUUAGCCAGGUCACUGCCGACUUGAAAUCAGAUCCUUGUGGGGUUCAAAGCCGGUUCCCUCCUCUCAGAGACAUCCCGGAUAGCACGGGUCACGAGAACGUAGCCAAGUUGGCCAAGCACUGGCUGGAGAGUUGCAAAGCCGAUCAUGAGUGUGAACAGCGAUGCGGACAGCAGCGUCGAAAUUGGCAUCCUGGGCGUCUCAUCGAGGUUGGAUCCCCUCAAAAGAAACCACGCCUCGUUAAUCGAGAAGACGCUCAACUUGAAGGCGGUUAUGCUGCUUUGAGUCACUGUUGGGGACCGAAUCCCAACUUCUUGAUGCUAAAAACCGACAACGAGAGCGAGUUCCGAAGAGAGAUUCCAAUAGAAAAACUCCCUGCUAGUUUUCGAGACGCCAUCGUCACUUGCCGUCGGUUGGACAUCCCAUACCUCUGGAUCGACUCUCUUUGCAUCAUACAAGACUCUCGCUCUGACUGGCUCUUGCAGUCAGAAGAAAUGUUCAAGGUCUAUCUCAACUGUGAGCUCAACAUCGCCAUUGAUGCUUCAGCAAGUGCCCACGAGGGAGCCUUCCGUAAAAGAGAUCCCAGGUGUCUACAAGACUGCUGUGUCUGGACGCCCUUUUUUAAACCGCAGGGGCAUGAUACCCAGUUUAUUGCAGAUGAAAAUGAAUUCGAGAGUAUAGACGAUUUCGCCUGGGCACGAGAGGAGGCUCCCCUCACGAAAAGAGCAUGGAUCUUCCAGGAGAGACUCCUUUCACCCAGAACCUUGUACUUUUCCUCAGAUCGCAUUUCAUGGGAAUGUGGUCUCAAAAGAUCAAUCACGGAAUACCUCCCUUUCAGCAAUGACAAUGCCCUAGGGCGAGGAUUCGACGUCACCUUUGUCGCCCAGUAUACCAUACCGGAGAAUGGCACCCUUUUCGACUUCUACGAUUUUGUGGACCUGUAUACAGACCGUGAGCUCACCUUCCCUGACGCGGACAAGCUUGUUGCGUUCGCGGCUGUCGCCAGAAGGUGUGCGUCCUGGUUCAAGGGCGACUAUUGCGCUGGCAUCUUCCGUGACACCAUGCCUUGGGGGCUCCUCUGGCAGACCCCUUCGUUGGAGUGGUCGUUGGAGUGGAUGACAAGAUCCCAAACAUGGCGGGCUCCAUCUUGGAGUUGGGCAAGCAUGGACUGUUGCGUAAGGGGUGACCUCAUCCCGACUGAGCAGAAUACGGACUUGGCCAAGGUGGUGGAUGUGUCGGUGGAACUAGUCGACCCCAAUAACCCAUUUGGCCAAGUGAAGUCUGCCUCACUGGCUUUAACGGGACCUCUAGUCACUAUCGAUGCAUUGGUAUAUUCCGAUUGCCAGACUACUCAGGAGGAUCUGCCACCGAGAAUUGGUUGGGAAAAUGGUACAUCUGCUCUCGGACACCAUUUUGAACUAAGGCCUGAUGAGAGUUUCGAGUGGAAUGGGAGUGAUUCCAUUGACACAUGGCUCUCAAAACACAAAGACGCGUUCUUUCUUGCUGUUGGAGAGUCUCAGUACGUGAGAUCAAAAGACGAACUUCCGAAAACUUGCGGCCUCGUCUUGAAGAAGCUGGACGACGGAAAUUACAUUCGGGAAGGCCAGUGGAAUGGGAGAUUUGGGUUUGUGGAUAAUCAUGCUCAGACGGCGUGUGAAUUUCAUACCGAAACUAUCACGAUACUAUAG